CUCCUCGCCAUUUUGCGAGAAUGUCAGCCAAAUCAUCAGCUCGCUUUUAUAGUUAAUUUUUAUGUUAUUUUCCGUGUAAUUACUGUGAUUUUGUUUUUGAUUCAACACAAAACAACCGUGCAGUGAAAUGGAUCGAUUUAUAAGCAUGUGGAAAGUCCGGGAGCUGGCGGACAAAGUGACCAAUGUAGUGAUGAACUACACGGAGGUUGAGGGUAAGGUUCGUGAAGCUACAUCCGAUGAGGCGUGGGGGCCGACGGGUCAGCAGAUGCAGGAACUGGCGCUAGCGACCUUCACCUACGAGCACUUCCCGGAGGUCAUGUCAAUGCUGUGGAGGAGGAUGCUGCACGAUAACAGGUCGCAUUGGAGGCGGACAUACAAGUGUCUCCUACUCCUGAGCUAUCUGGUGAGAAACGGCUCGGAGCGAGUCGUCACCUCGGCGAGGGAACAUAUCUAUGAUCUGCGCUCGUUGGAGAACUACACAUUCGUUGAUGACCUUGGAAAGGAUCAGGGUAUCAAUGUGAGGCACAAAGUCCGCGAGCUGAUCGACUUUAUUCAAGACGAUGAAAAGUUAAGAGAGGAGAGGAAGAAGGCUAAGAAGAACAAGGACAAAUAUAUAGGCAUGUCGUCCGAGGCGGUGGUGCUGGGAGCGCGUGGGGGGGGCGGCGGCGGUGGCGGAGGAGGGUGGGGAGAAUACAGCGACCGCAGCACCUCCUGGGAUGAUAGUAAAGAUAGAAACGACGACGACGAUUAUGAACGGGAGGACUCUGACGGCGAGUAUGGAAAUAAGAAACCGAACAACGGCGGCGGCGGCGGCGGCGGCGGCGGCGGCGGGGGGGCGGCGCGGCGCGAGGGCGAGUACCGCGACGCCGACUCGCCCGACGCGCGGCCCGCGCGCGCCCGCGCACACGCGCGCCUGCCGCUCGGUGCAGCGGCCACGUACGGCAAGACCCCGGUCGUGACCAUCGCCCCGGCGGCCGUCAACAAGAACACCAACAAGUCACAGGAGCUGCUCGACGACCUGUUCAAGACCUGCCCGGUGCCCAGCUCGCCUGGAGACAACAACAACGAUAGCAACAUAAUCUCCACGAGUCUCAUUGAAGACGAUUUUGACCCGAGAGCGGAGGAGCGCGCGUCAGGGGCGAAGGCCGAGGCGGACUUCGGAGACUUCACGGCGGCGUUCGGCCCCCCCGCGCCCGCCGCGCCCGCGCCCCCCACCCCCGCCGGGGAGUUCGCCGACUUCAGCGCCUUCCACCUGCAGCCGCCGCCCGCCGCCCCGCCGUCUAACCCCGUUCCAGCAAACACCUCGAACCUGUCCCUGCUGAGUGACCUGGAGCCCCCCUCUCAGCCCCUCAGCUUCGAUCUGGACUCUCUCACCUCACAGAUGGCCUCCAGCACUCUCCAGCCAACAGGAGACGAGCCGCCCCCCCCGCCCCGCCUCGAGCGCGCGCUGCGGGCCUACGCCGACGCGCUGCGGGGCCUCGAGGGCCCCGGGGGCCCCGGGGCGCGGGCCGACGUGCUGCGUGUGCUGGAUGCCGCCGAGGGGCUUCGGCGUGAGCUGCCCGGCCCGCUCACGGUGCAGCGGCUGGCCGGCACGGACGCGGCCAGCGCGCCGCGCGCUCUACUGGCGCGGGCGCGCGCCGCCGCCGUGCGCGCGCUGCUGCCGCGCUGGCCCGCGCUGGGCGACGAGGCGCGCCUCGCCUUCCACGCCGACGCCGGCCUGGCGCUGGCGCACGACGCGCUGGCCGACCUGUGCGGCUUCCUGCGGCGCGAGCGCGACCCGGCCGUGCUGCGCGCGCUGGCGGCGCUGCUGCUGGAGCACUGCCGCGGGGACGCGCCGCUGGCCGCGCUGGUGGAGUGCGCGCGCGGGCGCGGCGCGGCGCGCCCCGACUGGGAGGCCUACGUGCAGCUGCUGGUCACGCUGCCGGAGCGCGUCGCCAACCGCCUGCGCGCCGACUCGCCGCGCGACCUGUCGCCCGAGAGCCACUCGUGCGUGCUGCUGUUCCACAUCGUGCGCUGCGUCGACUACAUGGCGGAGAGCAGCUUCCACCAGGGCACGCAGUUCGACCUGCAGUAUCUGGCGCACCUGCUGUCCAAGUACAUAGUCCACUACAGUCUGAGCGACGCCGAGGGUGUCGACAGGUUCGUCGACAUUCUCGUGGCGUGGACGGACGGCGACGACGCGGACGAGUGCAGAUUCGUCCGCAAGAAGCUGAUUCAGACCUUGCUGAACAAGCUGAGCAGGCAGGCGAUAGACAGAGUGUCGCUGAUCCUCCUGACUCGGAGUCCCAUCGACUACAAGACGAAGGACCAGGCCAUCCGGAACGUUCUCGGCACCAACAUCGACACCAACAAGGACUGGCACGACAUACUCACUUUCAGGAUACCGUUCUACGUCCAUCCCAAAGAUUUCAGGGAUACGAGGAUACCGGAAAACUUGAUAUACUACAUUUCGACCAGCAAGAACUCCAUCGAGAUCCUGACGGAAAUGAUCCUGAGGUUGAGCAAGACGUGGUCGGACGUGCACCUCAACAACGUGGUGAACAUCGACCACCACAUGCACACGUCGAUACUGCUGGUGCUGGCCGUCAAGUACCGGGUGAUCAUCUGGAGGAUGCGCAAGAGUCCCUGGGACAUGAGCGAGAUGAAGAGAAUCCUCUACAAGGGCAUGUCCAAGCACUUGGAUAUCAUAUCGCAGGAGUUUCGGUGCGUUGGAAUGGCCACUAUAGAGAUAUUGUUCAAAAUGAUCGUGGAAGUCGACGAUUCGGACAAAAAGGCGGUCGAAUGUUUAAAUUUCGACUUCGAGGAGUUAGGACAGCUUUGCAUCGACAUAUUCAACACGUUGCAGGCCGUCACGCAGAAGUGUAUCAUCGAUGACAAGGCCAAGAAACCCAACGUCGACGUCAGAGUUAUAGAUGUCAAAAAGAACUUGGACGAAAUCGCCGAGAGAGUCUCGGGGAAUAUCGAGAGGCCGGUGCACAACACGAUAGUCACGUGUGCGGUCAAAGGACCGCAGCAAACCAAGGAGAUCGUCAAGACGAUCAUAUCCGCCAAGUUAGACGCCCUGGGGAAAACGGGCAAGAAUGUAGACUUGGAUUCGGACGACGAUCUCCAGCCGUAUGACAUGAGCAACGACGUCCCGGUCACUGCCAAGAAGAAGCCGAAGUACUUGAGGGACCUGUUGGAAAUAAUCAACGAGGGGAAGGACGUGGAGUCGUUCGAGGCCGCGGUGACCGCCGCCGAGGGCCUGGUCACCAAGCAGCUCAAGGGCGACGACGAGAAACUAGCCAUCGAAUUGCUAGAUAUGUUCAUACACUUGGAGGAGAAGUUCCAUGUCGAUGGAUUCAAUAAUAUCAAGUUUAAAACGGCAGUCGCGAUAGUGUGCAGCCAGCCUAGAGUGUGCGCAGAGCACUUAUGUAAGGAAAUACAUGCAGAUGUCGGCAGAUAUUCGAUAGCUACUAAAAUAUUCAUGCUCGACGUGUUCACGGAGGCGGCGGAGAGGAUCGCAGACAUGAAAACCGAGCCGGAGGAGAAGCAGAGGAGGGGAGACGCCAACCAAGCGAAGGAACUGCCCCGGGACGAGAUAUUGAGACGGCGGCUUCUAAAAAAAACUAAAUACUUUCACUCGAAGCGACCGCAUCCGUUCUCGAAAGCGAAGAAAAAUAUAUUCGCCUCAGUGUCCGACCACUUCUUCUACCCGCUGAUCAGCGGGUUCGGCUACCGGCAGCUCACGCUGAGCCACCACAACAUGAAACAAGACGUCGACAAGUUGCUGCUGCUGCGGUACCUGUCCGCCGUCGGAACGAUCAUUCUAGUCUCGAAGAACUGUCCCAAAUGCCCUAUCUACUGCCGAGAAAUAUUACAGAUGGUUCUCUAUUUGAGGUUCACGCCGGAUCCGAAGGUCCAAACGUCCGUACUGUCGAUAAUCGCCUCCAUAGCCGUCGCCUUGCCGGAAUCGUUCCUCAAGGGGGAGUACUACGAGGUCAUGAUGGAAUUGUCAUCGUGGCUGGUGGACUGCCUCACCAACGCGGACCUGACCCACCGACUGGGGGGGCCGAAGUCGGACGCGGUCAUAUUCGCGGGAGAAGUGUUACAUUUGCUAGAAUCCGUUUUGUCAGAGUAAUGUUCCAUAUCGUAUGUUAGCUGGUAAGGUCUGUAGUCAUAUUCGGUUAAGUUUAAUUGUAACUUCCUUUAUGUAAGCGAUUGUAAUUCUAUGUAAUGCCCACCGUGAUCUGGCGAUCUGAGAAUAAACGCUCUUGAUCUUGA